AUGGCAACCCAGACUCCUGGCAGUCAAUCCACGGCCCCCGUCCAUGAAUUCCGCUGUCUCUACACGCGCGACCUACACAAAAAGUCCAAGAAAUGGCACGAUGGCUCGGUCCGCUUCCACACGUUCAAUCGACGCGUCAUGGCCUACGAUGACUCGCGGACCUUUAUCGACGCUGUGCACUACAGGCAAGAGGAGGAAUUCGCUGAAGGCGUGGAGAUACGGCUCGGCCGUGGUGUUCUGGUGGAAGUUGGAGAGCGCCUGGGACAGACACAAACCGAUCUGGCUCCCAUCCUCGACAGACAGCGUGCAGAGAAGGGCCCAUCACCUCGGAGACAGCCUCUCUCACGCGCGAACCGACUACAGGCGACUGCAUCUUCUCAGCGGCCGAAGUCGCUCAGUGAAGUACUAGGGCCGUCCCAAGGUCGAUUGGGACGCGCAAGGAUUCUAUAUCAAUCGCCCUACGAGCAGCGAUACACCUCUGCCCGCGGAGAGCAACCUGAACCUUCCCCAAAACGACAAAGACUUUCCAGCGACAAGGAAAACCGUUUGGAUGAAGGACACCCGUCCAUUAGACCUGCAAGACCCAGCUUACCUCAGCCGAAGCAGCCGAGUAAGCCGAUCCCGCAUCCGAGUCGUCCGAAUGAGCCUCCCAUCGAGUUCGAGGAGGUCCUUGACCUUUCAGCGGACGACGAGCCCAAACGACACCCACCGAAGCGUGUAAGGUUAACUGCAAAAUCUAAGGAAACCCACAAAGAAGCUCCUGAGACGCCUACGCUUACCUCUGGAUCCUCACAUCCGAGGUCGACUAGUUUGGUCCGCCCUGUUGAUCAUGCGGUACAAGCGGGCAAGGAUAAAGGGAGCGGGAAGAAACCGGAGCACUCUUCGAACUCGAACAAGCCCUCAACAAGAACACAUCCCAUAACUUCGCGGUCCUCGUCCACUAAAACCGCCAGACUCCUUCUCAGCCGACCCAAACCAAGGCAAAAAUUGACAUGCGUACUCCCGUUUUCAUCUGGUCCAUCUAGAGGGGCGCCUGUAGAUCGUCCGCUCCUCCCAUCGCCAUGUCGAAAGACGGUUAGCACUUCGCUUUCGCCUACAGCCAAAGCUCUACACUUAGACACCGACGGUCAGACAGUUGCAGAUGACCCUAUACGGACAAUACAGUCGCCAAAUUGUCAUUCCAGUAUACGCGAGCAACAAUUGUCACCUCACCAUGGCAUCUCCAGCCCCCUGUUCAUGCCUGAGGACAAUGUCGACCCGAAAUCCCCUCCGCCUAGCAGGGUCUUCACGCAAGAAGAGUUCCACUUCUCGGACAUUGAACACAGCGAGACUUUCGAAGACCUGAGUGCAGUGGGUAUCUCGCUCCGUUCGGUACGUGCAGGAGGGACACAGAACUCACCACAAAACGGAGCGGAAACGGAAAGGGGAAAUGGGCCAGCAGGGCGGACUGGGUCAGAUGCGCAGCUUGAGCCUGAGCCCGAGGAUGAAGCAGAAAGCCCGUCAGUGGCAAAAGCAGAAGAUCAUGUGCAAUCCCAAAGUUUGCAGAACCCAGAGGAAGCGGAGAUCGGGCAGGAUGUGGAUGAGACCGGAUCCAGAAGUCGGGCGGAAAUAGUCGACACGGUGGAGUUUGGUGAACAAGAAAAGGUGGCCGAACCGGAACCUGAAACACGUCCUGCACCGAAAAUGCUUGUCAUCAAGGAGAGACAACCCGAGGCAGGGAAAGGGGUCGGCAAUCAUGAGCAGGCUGAGACUCGACGAAUCCCUCAACUAUGCAUCAAUAAUGUGCACCAGCCUUUCACAUAUCGCGCUGGGGAUCGCUUGCUUGUCCAGAAUCAGCCUACUCCUGCAUCGGGCCACACUGCUGGCUUUCAGGGACGAUCGUUCCGACGAGUCCUCUCCGAGAACGAUGCGUUGGACGACGAGGAUCGUACUCCGGUCCCCCCGCCCGAUGUGUCCGACCCGAGACACCCACUGGGAUUACUGGAGAAUCUGACACUGAGGAGAAGUUCGGCGAAGUCCAGGAGCCCAAGCAAGGUGCAACGGUGUGCCUCCGACACGUUGGCUUGCGACACUGCAGAGCAAUAUGUUUCGAGGCCACCAGCACAGGGCUCAAAGGGACCUACAGGACCCUGGACUGUGGAGGAAGCGUUUCUCUUGUUUGACUGGUGGCCUGCUGAGAUGGAAAAGCCGGGAUAUUGGAUUGACACGACGAUAGAACCUGUAUCGCGUGCUUCCCGGGAGCCUCACGGCAAUUGGGGUGGCAUAACGACGGCGCGCCAGUUCCUGCGUGACGAUGUACAUGCGUUAUGA